UAACUUGGAUCUUCCCAGCCACGAUCGCACCGUUCCGAGGAGGAGCUCUCUGGUUUCUAGGGUUAGGGCUCGUCCAAGCUUAUUAUUACUGACCGAGAGGGAAAACAGUCGCCUUUGAGAGCAGAUUCGAGCAGCAAACUUGAAGAUGGAUCACGAUGAGACUGGAUGCCAAGCUCCCGAGGGCCCGAUCCUGUGCAUCAACAACUGUGGAUUCUUCGGAAGUGCGGCGACCAUGAAUAUGUGCUCCAAGUGCCACAGGGAAAUGAUUCUGAAGCAGGAGCAGGCCAAGCUUGCAGCAUCCUCCAUUGACAAUCUUGUGAAUGGCAGUGGCGGUGAUAUCUGCAGCAGUAAUGGCAAGGAGCCUGUAAUCUCUGCUGUAACAGAUGUGACAAUUGUCUCUGGGGAGCUAAAGGCCAUUCCUUCACAAUCACCAGAAGUUCUAUGCUCAAGUGGUUCUGGGGAAGCAAAGGCAAAAAAUGGUCCAAAUAGGUGCAGCACAUGCAGGAAACGGGUCGGUCUGACAGGGUUUCAAUGUCGAUGCGGGGAUCUUUUCUGCACUACGCAUCGUUAUUCGGACAAGCAUGGCUGCCCUUUCGACUACCAGAGAGCUGCCAGGGAUGCCAUUGCCAAAGCGAACCCUGUGGUUAAGGCUGAGAAGCUUGACAAGAUCUAAAGCAAUGGGUGAGGCCAUUGAGCUCUGGUUCAGUGUUCUUGUUAUCCAAGCGUUCCCUUCGGUUGGCUGCUUUGCGAUGUCCUUGUUGCUAAAAUGAGUGGAGUGAUACCUAGGGCAUCAAUACGUAAUUGUGUGAGCUGUUAUUUGUGCUUGGUUGGUGGAUUACAUAUGUUGGUUUAUGAUCUGAUGCUUUUUACGUACCAUCGUGGAUGUUAUGCUAUAUUUAUUUAGUGAUAGUAAUUAUUGCCAAUGUGUUGAGUUCA